ACAGGGUACCGUUGCCAUUGACUAGUCCAUUGGCCAAUGUACUUGGUAUUGACCCCAAAGUCUUCUCACAUUCACCUGUUUCUUGAUCAAUAAUUGAUAUUACAUUUAGAUUACGAUGAGAUCAGAUUUUCUGCAAGAAUUUACUUGAAGCAGAAGGAGAAGGCAAUAGACAAGAAAAAUCAUCUCUUAUCAUCAACACUAUGCAACUUCUUCUUCGUCUUGUUUGCUGAUGCAAAACACAAGUCAACUGUUCUUAUGAUCUGUUGGAGAAAAAGGAGAGCACUUGUUGAUUUCGAUUCCUUGUGAUUGAGGAAGACACGAUCUUGUAACUGUCUGAUAUGGCAUCUUCAUCUGCUGUUGCUCAUAAAUGGAAGUAUGAUGUGUUCCUUAGUUUUAGAGGCAAGGAUACGCGCAAUAAUUUUACCAGCCAUCUCUAUGAUGCUUUGUGUCGUAAGAAAAUCAAGACCUUCAUUGAUGAUGGGCUUGAAAGAGGAGAAGAAAUUACGGGUGCACUUUUGAGAACAAUUGAAGAAUCGAGAAUUUCAGUGAUAAUAUUCUCAAGAAACUAUGCAUCUUCUCCAUGGUUUGUGGAUGAACUAGUGAAGAUACUUGAAUGCAAGAAGGCAUAUGGGCAGAUUGUUUUACCAGUUUUCUAUCAUGUGGACCCGUCUGAUGUUGAUGAACAAACAGGGAGUCUUGGGGAUGCGUUUGCUGAGCUUGAAAGAAAUUUUAAGCAGAAGAUGGACAAGGUUCCAAGGUGGAGAGCUGACUUAACAAGUGCUGCCAAUAUAUCCGGAUGGGAUUCACAAAUCAUUAGGCCUGAGUCGAGACUCGUGGAUCAAAUUGUGCAACAUAUUUUGAAGAAAUUGAAUUAUGCAUCCUCAAGUGAUUUGAAGGGCCUGGUCGGAAUGGAUUCACGCAUGAAGCAAAUCGAAGCCUUAUUAUGUACACAGUUACCAGAGGUGUGUGUUGUAGGAAUAUGGGGCAUGGGUGGUAUUGGUAAGACAACCAUUGCUGGAGAGAUUUUCAACAAGAUCGCAAGGGAAUAUGAAGGUCACUAUUUUCUUGCAAAUGUGAGGGAGGAAUCAGAAAAGAAUGGAGGAUUAUUUCGUAUGCGAGAUGAACUUUUCUCUAAAAUAACAGAGGAAGAAAAUCUACAUAUUCGCACCCCACGUAUUGGACACCCUUUCAUUAAAGACAGGAUCUGCCGUAAAAAGGUUCUGAUUGUUUUUGAUGAUGUGAAUAAUGUAGAUCAAAUUGAAAUGUUACUUGGAGGAUGCGAUUUGUUUGGUCCAGGAAGUAGAAUUAUCCUAACAUCUAGAGAUAAACAGGUCCUUAAGAAAUAUUCAGACAAAAUAUUUGAGGUUGGGGGACUGAAUUACCAGGAAGCUCUUCAUCUCUUUAGUUUGCAUGCAUUUAAGGAUAAUCAGCCCCCAUACAAUUAUAUGGAGCUGUCUGUGAGGGCAAUGAAUUACGCUAAAGGUAAUCCAUUAGCUCUUAAAGUCUUAGGUUCCUUUCUACUUGGCAGAACGAGAGAAGUAUGGGGAAGUGCAUUGAACAAGGUUGAAAAACUUCCUCAGAAAGAAGUUGAUAUUGUGUUGAGAAUAAGUUUUGAUGCACUUGAUAGAGAAGAGAAGAGUAUAUUUCUCGAUAUUGCAUGUUUUUUUAAAGGGCAGAACAUUGAUUUUAUAAAGAGAAUACUAGAUGGCUGUGGCUUUUCAGCUGAUAUAGGAAUUAGUGUUCUUGUCGAUAAGUGUCUCGUUACUAUUUCUGGAAACAAGAUAGGGAUGCAUGAUUUGUUGCAGCAUAUGGCCCAUGAAAUUGUCAGCAUGGAAUCAGUCAAUGACCCAGGAAAACGCAGUAGAUUGUGGCAUUUUGAUGAUGUGUAUGAUGUGCUGACCAGAAAUCUGGGAACUAAAAACGUUGAAGGGAUAUCCGUAGACUUGGAUAGUUCUAAAAGGAUAAUGAAGGUGAGUUCCAGAGCGUUUGCGAGGUUGUAUAAUCUUAGAUUGCUCAAAGUUUAUAAUUCAGGAUUCGGAAAUAAUAGUGAAGUGCUCCUUCCUCAUGGCCUGGAUUCUAUUUCCAAUGAGUUGAGGUAUCUCCGCUGGGAUGGAUACCCUUUGAGAUCUUUGCCGUUCAAUUUUAUUCCACAGAACCUUGUUGAAAUUAAUAUAUCUUCAAGCAAGGUUGAACAACUUUGGCAAGGAAACCAGAAUCUUGUGAAUCUAAAAGAGGUCAACCUCAGCAAUUGUAAGCAUCUAACAGAAAUCCCAGACCUCUCACAGGCUGCAAAUCUCGAGAGUUUGAAUCUUCAAUCCUGUACAAGUUUGACAGAAGUUCCUCAAUCUAUCCGAUAUCUAGACAAACUCUCCGAUUUCAAUCUGAGAUCCUGUAUAAGCCUUAUAAGCCUGCCAAGUAGUAUUAAUUUGAAAUCACUCAAGACUCUUAACCUCUCAGGCUGCUUAAAUCUUAAGAAUUAUCCAGAGAUCGCGGAGAAUGUGCAGUACUUAAAUUUAAAUGAGACUUCAGUUCCAGAACUUCCCCGAUCAAUUGAGCAUCUUAGUAGACUUGUUGCAUUGAAUUUGAGGGAUUGUAAGCAACUUGGGAAUCUUCCGGAGGAUGUAUGUUCGUUGAAGUCACUUGAAAUUGCUGAUCUGUCAGGCUGCUCAAAUAUCACCAUGUUUCCAGCUUUUCCAGGGAAAGUCAGAUAUAUUUACUUGAGUGGAACUGCAAUAGAAGAAGUUCCGUCUUCAAUCGAUCGCCUUUCAAGACUCUUUUCUUUGGACCUAAUGGGUUGCAAAAGGCUCAAGAAUCUUCCAUGUACUUUUUCUAGGUUGGCAUCUCUUGAAAAACUCAGUCUCUCUGGGUGCUCAAUCAUCACGGAGUUUCCAGAGCUUCCAGUGAGUAUUAAGGAGUUGUAUUUGGAUGGGACAGCAAUACGAGAGAUUCCUUCAUCAGUUGAGCAUUUGUCCAACCUUGUUGAAUUGAGUCUGCAAAACUGUACAAGAUUUGAGAUUCUACCUGGUAGUAUUUUUAACUUGGUUUUACUGAAAAAACUCAACCUCUUUGGAUGCUCCCAAUUCCAGACUUUCCCUUCUGUGGAUAAAUAUGGAUAUUUGACUUACCUUUGUUUAGAUGGAACAGCCAUAAGAGCAUUACCCUGGACAAUCAAAGUUCUAGCAAGUGUUUCUCGCUUGGAAAUAAAAAACUGCAGAAAUCUGGAAUGCAACUUGUUCCCUGAGGCUCAGAGUCUUUUGAAUUUCAAUGAGAGAGAGAUGAAAGUAUAUCAACUGCGUCAGCUAUAUCUAAACGAUUGCAACUUACUUAGCUUGCCUGGGAGUCUUUCCUGCUUAUCCUCACUAGAAGUACUGGAUCUCAGUGGAAACAGUUUUACUCUGCUACCGAUACUCUCAAAACUCCUUAAGCUGGAAUCCCUUAUUUUAAGGAAUUGCUUUGGACUUGUACAUAUUCCUACCCUUCCACCAAGACUAAUGAUUCUAGAUGCACACAAUUGUUCAUCGGUGAGCGGUGUAUCAGGCAGAUAUUCAACUGAGGUUGAGGGAAAUAUUUUUGAAUUCCUAUUUACUAACUGCUUUGGCUUCCAUGACAAAACUGUAUGCAAAUGCAACGACAUCAUUGAAUAUUCCUUGAGGAAAAUUAAGGUUUACGCCAAAAGAUUGUAUGCACAGAUGCCAUUUGAACUGCCCGGGACAUCUACUGUUUGCUUCCCUGGAAGAAAUAUUCCAGACUGGUUUGUCAAUCAAACUCAGGGAUUUUCAUUAACAAUUAAGCUGCCGUCACAAAGUGCUAGCAAUCAGUUCCUGGGUUUUGUUCUGUGUGCUGUUGUUGACUUUGGAUACUUAUUCAAAAGCUCUGAUGGCUUCCAAGUUAAUUGUAUAUAUCAUAUCAAGAACGAAUAUGGGGAUAGUCAUCAUCUUCAAAGCUAUUUUGGUGGUUGGUUUGACGGGGAGCGUGUUCGAGAAGUCUCAAACGAUGUGUUGUUCUUAGGGUAUGAUCCAUGUUUGGAAUUUAAAGAAUGUUAUUUGUUUGGAAAAUGCGGUGAGGUAGUAAUUGAUUUCUACUCGGAAGAUAGGAACAACAAUCCUUUAAAGAGUUGCAAUGUGAUCAAGUGUGGGGUCUGUCUGCUAUCUGCAGAAGAUGAUAAUUCAUGAUUUCUUCAUGCCACAUUCCUAAGGACAGCAUCCUGCCUUUGUGACUGCGGUUAAUGCUGAAGAAGCCGAAAUGACUCUGAGUGAUUCAAACCAAUCAAAUGAGACUGAUAUAGAUGCAUUAAGGAAUUACAUUGAAAAUCAGCACUCUUUAUCCCAGCAAAAAACCUCAUCUGCUGAUCGCAUCUUGCUUGGCUCAGCAAAGGUUCAGGUUAGUUUACACUUCUCCACGUAGGCUAAGUUCAUGAUGAUCUCUUUCUACAGAAGAAAGCUUCAAAUUUUCUCUCCACUUAUCUUUUCUGGCGUGGCAUCUUUUAUCCAUUUAAAGCUUGAAAAUCAAAGUCAGAAAUGCGUUCUGCUAGGGCGUGGAGGGACUUCUUGUGGUUACACGGUUUGCAAUCCUAUCACUAAAACGGUGGCGACGUCAAGAGAUGUUCAGUUUGAUGGAGAGCAACUAUGGAAAUGGAGCAAUGAAGGAUAGCAGCAGCAACGUUUUUAGAAGAUGAAUAAGAGCAGAAUAAUGAAGGCAGUGAUCAGAAUACGGCAGCAGUUCAGCCAUCUCUAAAUGCUUCUUCUAGUUCAGAUUCAAGGAAGUCAGAUCAUUACAAUGUGUAAAAAUCAUUUAUUGCUUGAAAAUAAACUUUGUUAGGCUAUAUUUAUACAA